AUGAGUCUCGCCGGCCCAUCAUCCACGAUCGAUCCGGCAAAGCCAAUCCAGGGACAUGAAAAGAUCAAUGAAAAAUCUAGUUCCGAGGCAGAGAGGGGUGACACCCUAGAGGAUAUCGAUCCAGAGAAUGAAGUCCAAGGAAUCAAGCUUCUGUUAAUUCACAUUGCUGUGUGUCUCUGCACUUUUCUAGUUGGCCUUGACUUCAAUCUCAUUGCCACUGCAGUUCCCAGUAUCACGAAAGAAUUUGGCUCUCUUCGCGAUGUCGGUUGGUACCGGGCCAGUUUUAUGGUGUGCAAGCCAGCUCUUGCUGGAAAGACAUACACUUUAUUCCCAAAGAAACUCGGAUACUUCGCAUACAUCUUCAUCUUUGAAGUGGGCAGCCUGUUAUGCGCCCUGGCGCCCUCAUCGCAAGCACUGAUAGCUGGCCGUGCUAUAGCUGGAUUAGGUGCUUCGGGUAUCUUCGCCGGUGGCUUCACUGUAUUGACAACAGUCAUCCCAUUGCACAAGCGAGCGAUUUGGACUGGGACGAUGAGCUCCGUCUUUGCCAUCUCGAGCAUCAUUGGACCUGUCAUUGCUGGGGCUCUCACACAAAGCGCUACGUGGCGCUGGUGCUUUUGGAUCAACCUACCCAUCGGAGGCGUUGGCGUUGCCAUUGUCUUCAUAUUCCUGCAUGUCAAACCAGCAAGGACGGAAAGCGCGCCACUCACUGAGAAGCUUCGAAGCUUUGAUUUGUUGGGCUUCUUUCUCUUCGCGGGCUCUAUCACUAUGCUGCUGCUGGCGCUCCAAUGGGGGGGUGGAGUCCACGCAUGGUCGUCCUCCGUUAUUAUCGGCCUCUUUGUCGGUGCAGGCGUUGUGCUGCUGCUGUUCAUCGGAUGGCAGCUCUAUUUUCAAGACAAGGCCCUGAUUCCUUCACAGCUCUUCAAGGUCAAUCGCAACCCAGCUCUACUGUGCGCCGCCUCCUUUUUUGUCAAUGGGCCCUUCCAAACGGUCAUAUACUGGCUGCCCAUCUGGUUUCAAGGCGUGCUGGGCGUUAGCCCACUGCAAAGCGGCAUCAACUUCUUCCCUACUGUGAUAUCCGAUGUGUUGGCUGCGUUCUUAGGCUCAGGAAUUGUGAUGCAAGUAGGUUGGUGGAAUCCAUUCCUGCUGUUUGCUGAAGCAAUGGUUUGCCUUGGAGGAGGCCUCCUCUCCACGAUACAACCGGCAACAUCUACCGGCAAAUGGAUCGGAUAUCAGAUUCCCGGUGGCGUUGGAUACUCGCUGGCAUCCACAUUAUCGCACCUGGCGAUGCAGUCCUCCCUGCCGCAGGACUUGGUGCCGCUCGGUUCGUCAACGCUUCUCACAAUCAUCUCUACUAGCUGCGCCGUGUUCAUGGGUAUUGGACAGGCAGUAUUUGAGAAGCGGUUAAAGUUGAAUCUUGAGUCGUCUGUAUCCAAGGACAUCGCCCAACAGAUCAUCUCAGCUGGAGCCACCGAUGUUCGCUCGCUCAUCGGGCCCAACGAUACAAACGAGCUGCCUAUUAUAAUCAACCAGUACAGCAAGUCUAUAUCUGAAAUUUGGUACAUUCCUGCCGCGGCGCCUGCCGUGUCAUUCCUGCUGAUUGCCUGCUGCAGGUGGAUCUCUCUCAAUAGUAAGAAAGUCAAAGAAACCGCCGAGGGCGAGAAGGGGAGUGUUUAG